AUGAAACUCGUUGCAUACACUUGGGCUAACAAAUACAGCGACAAAAUCACUCUGCCAGCGGACGUUCUGGACUCCCUAGUGGCGGAGUUUGGAGAUGAACUGCCUCGCCCACUGCUCUUCACAAUCAAAGCACGUGAUCCAAAGAACCCACGUGACUCGCACUUGACUACGGUCGGAGUCAAGGAAUUCACUGCCGAAUCGGGAACGGUCGGAGUGCCACAGAUCGUCCUGGAGAACAUCAGGACGGAAACAGGAGCCAUCCUCGAUGUGACCGUAUCACGUGACAUCCCGCUUGCUACCGACAUGACUCUCAAGCCCCGUGAUCAAUACCAGGUCGACAACUACGAGGCUCUGCUCGAGGCUGCAUUAAGGGCAAGUUACACUGCGCUGACAGUCGGUCAGAACAUUGUGAUCAGGAAUCCUUCUGAUGCGUCGCGUGAUCUUGAGUUUGUGGUAGAAAGCCUCUCUCCCGCGUCUACUGUUUGCAUUGUUGAUACUGACGUUAAUCUGGAUGUCCUGGUCCCUGUGGGAGUGGACAAUGGCCAGAUUGCUAGUGCUGGGUCUUACAAGACUCGUGAUACUGCUGCGGAUCUCGCAAGUCUAGACUUUAGCACCAUCACUUCGCUGCCAUUUUCAUCUGGGCCAUCCAAGCACAGGAUUUCUCUUGAGAAAUUCCCCCACAUUACCAUUGCUUCUUUCAGAGCUUUCAUUGGCAUCUCUCAGGACACUUGUCCGUCCAGUUUCAUCUGGUCGACAUUGGACGGUUCGGUGGACAUUCAAGCGAGCAAUCCUUUCGGCCAGGAGCUGUACAUAUGGAGCGAAGAUGAGCUCAAGAUAGAGAAUCAUGCAAUUGAAAUCGAAGAUGGUGAUCAUGAAAUGGCAGAUGGUGCCCCUGCCAAUUCAACCAAGUGUCCCACUUGUAACAAUUACAUUCCCGACCAAAGUUACACUCUGCAUUCCAACUUUUGCGCCAGAAACAACAUUCCUUGCGACCAGUUUGACGUCUGUGGUCAUGUGUUUAAGAGAGGAGAGCCACGCGAGUCUCAUUGGCACUGUCAGUCGUGUGACAAGUUUGGAGACGGUUCUGACGCUCACGACACUCAUGUUCACUACUCUCAUACUACGCCGCAGCCCUGUGCUUGUGGCUUUCAAGCCUCUAACCACAUCACUCUCGCCCUCCACAGCCACACUGAGUGUCCGCUGACGCUUCAUGAGUGUCGAUUCUGCCAUCUUCGAGUCCCGCGUGACGUGGCUUCUCCCCGUGACUUGAUUUCGGGAUACUCAGGCCAUGAGAGUGCCUGUGGAGCCAAAACCACCGACUGUCACGUGUGCAAGAAGCCUGUGCGUCUGAGAGACUUGUUGAGUCACCAGAAGCUGCACACGCUGGCUACUCGUGACAAGAUUGCUCCAGAGCUUUGCUCCAAUACUCUCUGCAUUCGAGGUCGAGGCAACAAUGCGCUUGAGCUCUGUGACACCUGUUUCGGACCUCUCUAUUCGUCUGUCAACGACCCCACGGGUUCUCGACUCAAGUCUCGUGUUGAAAGACGUUAUGUGAUUCAGCUGACCAAGGGAUGCGGUAAAAGCAGUUGCAGAAACUCAUAUUGUGUUUCUUCCGGGCUGCUUGCCAAACCCACCAUGGCCCAGGUGAUGGGUCUUAUCAAGGAGAUUCCAGCUCCCAGUUUCUGCGUCGACGAGAAGACCACCAAGCGCAAGAACUUUGUCGACUUCCAGGCUGAGAACUCGCAUUAUUCCCGAGAGUGGCUGUCUGUGGCCAUUGAGGAGAACAAGGGCAACGAGCAAGAGGCCGUGAAGUGGUUGGAGUACAAUGCUCCAAAGGAGAUCACUGUAUAG